AAACUAUACAAACGCAAAAUAUGAAAUAAUAAUAAAAUAAUUAAACUUGAGAUUCAAAAACUGCACCAAAAGAAGCAUCUAAGCUUCUUCUACCUCUCCUCAAUCCCUGUAACUCUCUCUCUCUCUCUCUCUCUCUCUUGUUGUCUCUCCUUUUGAGAUCUUAACUAUGGAUUCUCUAUAAAAACCUUCUUUUUAUCUCUGUAUCUCUUCCUGUAAGUUCUUAAUGAGCUUUGUACCUAAAGCUGUUCUUUAAUGUUUUAAAUGCCUCUCUGUUUCUUUUACAGCUUUUUCACAAUCUCUGUAAUUUCUGCUUCCUUUCAUUAUUUCAUUUCCUUUACUUAUCACUGUGCCAUUAGGUCUUGAUUUAAAUUUUUAAACCUUUAUUUAUAUCUUUCUUCCUCCCUUGCUUUUUUCUGUCUUCUCGUCAAAUUUCAAAACUAUAUGGCUUCAACCAUAAAUCAAACACCUUAUUUGAUUGAGAAAAGGCCAUUGACACUCAAGGAUUACCUUAGGGAUGAUCUCAGUUCAUGUUCAUCCAACGGCUUCAAAUCUUUCCCUCGCCGACAAUGCUGCAACACCGUCAGAUUUCUUCUCGAGACCGAUCUCAACACCAACGCGAAACAGCGACGUCGUCGUGAUCAACAAAUUUUCAAAAGAAGUAGAUCAUCUAAAGCAGCUUCAUCAACAAUUUCCGCUCUUCAAAAGGCAUCAGAGGCCGUCAUUAAUGCUGUUAAGUUACUUCCAUUUCCUUCCUCUUCUUCUAUCAAGACUCCAUCACCAUCCGUACAAACUAGAACCAGAAAGGGAGGGAUUCUGCUUCCUCGAAGCCUUUCGAGAAAGCUGUUCAAGAAAAGUUUCUGGAGGAAAGAUAGUCAUACAGAAAGACAAGAUAUAGAGAUCAAACGGUGGAGAUUGUUUCGUGAGUUCCUUGCGGAACGAGAUAAACCGUCCGGUCACUCCAGCUCCACUGUUACAACCGCAUUUACCACCACCGGACUCUCAAGGAGUUCAAGCAGUAACAGCUGGACAGAGAGCGAAUUUACUCGUCACAGCGGUAAUUCCGAGAGUUACAGCUGCCGAAAUGCCGCCGCAGAAGGUGAAAAAGAUUUACCGAGCGAGAAGAAAGUCAGCGGGGGAGUAGGCGUAGCAGUCGGUGAGGAUGCGAUCACCCACUCGGUCGAAAAUACAAAGGAGUGGCCCAAUGAGGAGGAGAAGGAACAAUUUAGUCCAGUUUCUGUGCUGGACUGUCCUUUCCAAGAUGAAGAAGAGAUUAGCUCUCCUUUCCACACUAGUCUUGUCCGCAUGGAAGGAGCUAAAAAGAAACUCAUGGCAAAGAUCAGAACAUUUGAGAGCCUUGAUCAGCUAAAACCAUUGAAUUUGGAAAAGCAAAUUGAAUUGGCAGAUUUAGAAGAUGACUCGCUUGACAAAUUCUCCACACAAGCUUGUUCAUUGUCCAAUGAAGUAGAAAAAUGUACAGAAAGAGAAGCUGAUGAGCUCCUUAAGCUUGUCAAGGCAACAACACCAUCAAAUUCAAAGGCAGAUACUAUGUUGCUCGACUUCUUCAAAGAGAAAAUUCUUGAAAACAAUACAAAUGAUAAUAAGAUUUUGGGAUACAAAGAAUUCAAGAAAGAAUUAGAGGCAGCCCAAGACUGGAUAAAUGGGGACCCAAAAGAAAUGAUUUUAGGAUGGGAAGUGAAGGAUAACAGACACAUCUAUAUUAAAGAUAUGGAGAGAAAUGGGAAAUGGAGAAAUUUUGGUGAAGAAAAAGAAGAGUUAGUUUUAGAGUUGGAGCUAGAGGUUUUUACUUCUUUGGUGGAUGAAGCCUUACUUGAUCUUCUAAUUAGUUAAUUAAUCUCAGUUGUAGUGGAUAGUUCAAUAAAUAAUAUUUUUGUUAAAUAUUAGAUGAACUCAAGGUUGUUUUACUCAUUUGGAGGCAGGAAUUUAGCUUGAAUGAUUAAAGCCACCUUGAAGCAUAUGCACUAAAGAGAGAAUCAAAUUUUUGUUUUCUUAUUAGUUUUUGUAGCAGUAAGACAAAAGAUGGGCAAGGUUUGAUACUAGAAAUAUCAUAUAUAUGUAAUGUAUGUAUAUUUCUUACAUUUUUAUGACAA